AUGACAGCAGCCGAGAAAGGAAGUAGACCUUUCAUGAUUUAUACCGACGCAUCUGGAGAGGGGCUUGGAGCGGUGCUUUGUCAGGAAGGAGACGACCUAUUUCUCCAUCCGAUAAUGUUCGCGUCGAAGGGUUUGACGAAGGCAGAGAAGAAUUACCACAUCACUGACCUCGAAGCGUUGGCUGUAGUCUUUGCCUUGGAAAAGUUUUAUUUUUUAGUACACACGGAUCAUCAGCCCUUGACGUGUUUGUUAAGAUUACGAAUGUGCCCGCUCGCGUUCAGAUGA